AUGGCAAGGCACUACUCUUUCAUCUUCAUUGCGAUAUCUCUCGCGUUAAUUGCAACAGCAGCAUAUGCUCAAUCUAUGAAUUGCAAGACCUGUCAAGUAGCCGAACAGGCUUUCAUUUCAUGUUAUGGAUCUUCGCAAGUUCAGUUUACAGACCCCAAAGCUAUGCAAUGUCUCUGUCAGUCACAAGUACUUGGUGCAUAUGACGUAUGCACUGCAUGUGAGAAGGAGCUAGGUGUCACGAAUGGACUGUCACAAGUUCCUAAAAAUGUACUCCUAAGCAAAUGUCAAUCUACUGCGAGUAACGCAACUACGAGUAGUACAACCACGGGUACUUCAACCACGGGCGCUCCAACUGCGGGUACUUCAACUGCGAGUACUUCAACUACGGGUACUCCAACUGCGGGCACGGAUUCCACAGCUACAGCUGCUACUACGAGCGAUACAAGUCCAAGUAACACAGGCGGAAGCAGCCCCACCCCAAAUGCGAACGGUGGGACAAAGACGUUUGGAAAUAUUGUUAGGAUUGGGUUUAUCAGUUUAAUUGCUGGAGUCUUUCUCGCUUGA